UUCCUUUAGUGGGUCACUCACGCCCCUUACCUUUGAUCCAGGAUACACGGAACACAUCGGUGGAAGCCUCAGCCAUGGACCUCGUUCUGAAUGUCGCUGACUAUUACUUCUUCACUCCGUACGUGUACCCUGAAUCAUGGCCUGAGGACGGGGCACUGCGGCAGAUCCUCAGUCUCCUGGUGGUGACCAACCUCGGGGCUGCCAUCUUGUAUCUUGGCCUGGGAGCAUUCAGCUAUUAUUUCAUCUUUGACCACAAUCUGAUGAAACACCCACAUUUCUUAGAGAAUCAGGUGUGGAGAGAAAUUAAAUAUGCCAUGACCUCUCUGCCGUGUAUCAGCAUCCCCACAGUGGCCUUGUUUUUCGCUGAAGUCAGGGGAUACAGCAAACUGUACGACAACGUCAGCGACUCUCCUUUGGGUUGGCCAGGCCUCUUCCUGAGUAUGAUCUCCUUCCUAUUUUUCACCGAUAUGUGCAUCUACUGGAUUCAUCGCUUCCUGCACCACAAGCUUAUCUACAAGAUGUUUCACAAGCCACACCACGUUUGGAAGAUCCCUUCCCCCUUCGCCAGCCACGCCUUCCAUCCCGUCGACGGCUUCCUGCAGGGCCUCCCAUAUCACAUCUAUCCCUUCCUCUUCCCCCUUCACAAGGUCCUCUACUUGGCCCUCUAUGUGUUCGUCAACAUCUGGACCAUCUCCAUCCACGAUGGUGACUAUCGCGUUCCCAGCGGCCUGAUUAGCGUCAUCAACGGCGCGGCCCACCACACUGACCAUCACCUCUUCUUCGACUACAACUAUGGCCAGUACUUCACCCUAUGGGACCGGCUGGGAGGUUCCUACAGGCAUCCAUCGGCUCUGAUGGGGAAGGGCCCCAUAGAUCUGAUUCGGAAACUUCAAGCAGAGGGAAAGUUGGGUAAAGAAAAGCUGAACGGACAUGUUCAGAGAACAGCGACUCGCAAAGAAGAGUAACAGAGUUCGGUUGAAUUACCGGAGCCUCUUAAUGCCUUUAAAGGGACGAUCUGUUAAUCAGCUGCUGAACUGAGAGGGAAAUAUAUUCAGUUUGCCAAAUAAGCAAUUCUGAGGGUAAAACAAAGAGCCUUAAAUGAACCGUAACAUAAUUUUUCUACAGCAAUGGAUUUUAUGCACUGAGCGAUCGUAGUGGCCACAGGUUCAAAUGUAUUACCAGUUGUUUUCAAGGCCAAACUCUACUUGCUAACUCCAGGUCUUUGUGAAUGGUCUUUAGCUACUGGACAACUUAUCUCUUUAAUAUUUCUGGACUCUUCUGAGGAGCACCUGGUGAGGGCUACUUUAUGGUGAAAUUAUUUUUCUUACUUAGAUUUUGGCUCCAAGGGUGCUAUCUGGCGCUUUCCAUGAUGUAGUAGUAGUAGUAAGACCUGUAACCGAUGUUGAUAUAUUCACAAUAAGUUCCUGAAGGUUUUAGGAGAGCUUUUGGCUGUGAUACACCUUAAGAUUUGUAUUUUUAGUAGGAAGAAACCUUUAUAUUACCCAGGACUAAAUGGGUGGAUAUUUCUGUGUACUGGCAGGAGGUACAUUUUUUUUUUUUCCCCUAAACGUUUUAAACGAUUUAACCUGCCUACUUGGCUUUCUGCCUUAUUUUGCAGCUUCUCAUGUUUUCAGGACAUGUUCCAUGUGUCAUUUCACUUUAUUAAACAUAAUUUAUAGACAAA